CAUGAACACAGAACGUUUCACCCUGGGGUGCUCUGUCCUGGCUGCCCUGGGAUUCCCCAGCUCUGCACCCUGAGGACCAUGGGAGGCAGGCCCAGUUGGACCCUCACUGCCCUUCUCUGCCUGGGGCUGUGUAGGGGGCUGUGGGACCAGGUCCAGGCAGGGACCCUCCCCAAACCCAACAUCUCGGCAGAGCCAGGUGCUAUGGUCCCCAAGGGGAGCCGGGUGACCCUGUGGUGUGAGGGGUCCCUGCAUGCUGGUGGCUUCCGUCUGUAUAAAGGGGACGUCUCUGUGGACUGGGAGAGUGACGUCCUGCAGGAAUCCUCAAACAAGACCGGGUUCGUCUUUGAGCCUGUAGCCUCACAUUAUGAGGGGCUGUACCAGUGUGGCCCCCUCAGCCCCACCUCCUCCUCAGAGCGCAGUGAGCCCCUGGCCCUGGUGGUGACAGGAGUGUUCCCCCCACCCUCUCUCUCAGCCCACCCGAGCCCUGUGGUGGAGGCAGGAGGGAGGGUGACCCUCUCCUGCAGCUCAGAGACAGCAAGGGGCACUUUCCACCUUCUGAAGGAAGGGGGCGCUGACCUGCCCCUCCACAUGGAACAGCGACCCUUCCCUGGGAGACCCCAGGUCCUCUUUCACGUGGGCCCCAUGAACGCCUCCCACGGGGGCACCUACAGGUGCUACGGCUCCUCCAGCUCCUACCCCCAGCAGUGGUCAGAGCCCAGCAACCCCCUGAAUCUCGAGGUUACAGGUGUGUUCCAGGCACCCUUUCUUGUGGCCCAGCCAGGCCAGCUGGUGCUGACUGGGGACAGCCUGACCCUGCAAUGUCACUCCCAUGCUGGCUUUGACAGAUUUGCCCUGGCCAGGGAAGAGGGGCCUCAGGGCCCACAGAGGCUGGAUGGGCAGCAUAUCCCUGACUUCCUUCUGGGCCCCAUGAACAGCUCCCAUGGGGGCCGGUACUGGUGUUUCGGUGGACACAGCCGAUCCCACAUAUGGUCGGCCCCCAGCAACUACCUGGACCUCCUGGUGGUGGGCACAUACAGCAGGCCCACCCUGUCAGCCCUGCUGGGAGCCCAGGUGCCCUGGAGAGGGAAUGUGACCCUGCAGUGCCACUCUGACAUCCCUGCUGAGAUCUUCUGGUUGUCCAAGGAGGGGUCCUCUGCUCCCCCUCAGUUCCAGUGGUUAUUGUACAAAGCUUCACCCUAUCAGGCCAACUUCACCUUCAGUGCCAUGACCCAGGAACAGGGGGGCAGCUACAGGUGCUACAGCUCCCUCAGCAGUGCCCCCCACCUGCUGUCCCUCCCCAGUGCCCCCCUGCAGCUCCUGGUCUCAGCCCCAUCAGACCACACUGUAGAGAAUGCCGUCCGCAUGGCCAUGGCUGCCUUGGUCCUGGUGGUACUCGGGGUCCUGCUGUUCCAAGCCCGAUUCACCAGCCAUGAAGAGCCCAGGAUGCAGCUGACAAGGAGGCCUGAGGGAGAACAGACACCGGGGACUGUGCACUUGCCCUGCACCUCAGGGCUCUGACCACCCAGGGACUUUGGAUGGACUCUCCCCAGGAUGCCUUUGCUUCCCUGACCCUGGUGGCCUCUGGGACCCCACCAUGGGACAGUCCUGCUCUGAGGCAUGAGGGUGGUUGCAGAAGCCUCAUGUUCAGAAGGUUCUGGAAGAUCAUCUGGGUUCCAAGUCCCUGGAACUGUCACUGAGAACACAGAGUAGUGAGGCUGUUGGCAUCGGGAAACAUGGGCUGUGGGAGAUCUGGAUUAAACUGGUUCUUCCCUCCCGCAGUCUGGAUGUGAUGUCUGCCUUCCUUCUGCCCUGAACUGAGGCUGCAGCACACCUCAGAUUUGCACC